AUGGAAGAAGACGGUGGGGAAAGCGUGACUCCGUUUUGGGUACAAGGCAACGCCGGCGUCCGCCGCGGCGAUGGGAUUCGCCGCCGUGUUGAGUCUGCGGUUUUCAGCUCCGGGAUCUUGGUGUUUCUUCUCGUUGUGGCUGCCGUUUUCUUCCUGGUUUUUGUUCUUCCUUGGACUGUGUCUUUUACCAGCAGCGUGUUUAGGCCGAGUAGUGUGAAGAAGAGCUGGGAUUCGGUGAAUGUGGUUCUGGUUUUUCUGGCGAUAGUGUUUGGGGUUCUUAGUAGGAGCAAGAAUGAGUUGCAGAAAUCGAAUCCGGGGACGCCGGUUUGGUAUGGUUAUAGGGACGAAGUAAAUCGGAGAUCGAAUCCGCCGGCUUUUGAUCGGUGGGUUGAGAGCUCGGAUCGGAGAUCGUUUAAUGGCGGCGGCGGCGGGGGUUUGCGGCGGACUUUUAGCUCGUACCCUGAUCUGUGUGAAAUGUCGCCGCGGUGGGUAUCCGCCGAUGAUCAGUGGCGGUUUUAUGACGAUACCCGAGUUGACGCUUCUCGAGUAUAUGAUUCCGGUCAGCUUUACCGGCGCCGGAGCUGGAGGGAAGUUGAUCGGGUUCCGGAGGCAGAAAGUAAUAAGAUUGUUUAUGUUGAUGCAGUAGUGAAGGAAGCUCCAUUACCGGCACCUUCAUCUCCUCCGCCGCCGCCGCCGCCGGCGGCGGAGGCGGCGGCACCAGAACCCGUAUAUGAAGAUAAGGAGAAGGUAACAUAUGAGAGUCUUGAACCCAAAAGGAAGACUAGAACACGCAAGAAGAGGGAUCACGAUGUUGAGUCAAAGAAACCUGUAACGCCACCGGCACCUGCAGCAUCUCCGCCGCCGCCGCCGCCUCCUCCGCCGUUGCCGCACUAUGUGGAGCCAAAGAGCAGUAAAAGUGAACGGAAGAGAAAUAGUAGCAGUAGGACUAAGGGGUUCAUUAUAAGCUCUCUGUAUCACAAAAGGAAGAGAAAACAUAGAUCACAAAGCGUAGACAAUUUGGAUGCUCUCCUUCAUACAUCACAGCCUCCUCCUCUGCAUUUCCAGUUUCCUCCGCCGUCUCCGCCACCACCUCCGCCGCCGCCGCCUCCACCACCCUCUGUUUUCCACAAUUUGUUUUCUUCCAAGAAAACCAAACGAAAGAAAAAUGCCACCCCAACUCCAUCUGUCCCACCUCCACCACCCCCGCCGCCGCCGACCACCGCCAAUCCACGGCGCACAUCAAGGCCCAACGCCGGAUCUCCAACAGUCAGCAGGCAUAGAGCGGCACCAGGGAACGAGAAACGCAACACCGGAGGAGAGUCGCCCUUGAUCCCAAUCCCGCCGCCGCCGCCUCCGCCGCCAUUCUUCAAAAAGUCGGCGUGGAAGUUCGUCGUGCAAGGUGACUACGUGAGGAUAGACAGCCUAGAAAGCUCGCGCUCCGGGUCGCCGGACCCUGAAGAGUUGGACUCCGAUGUCACCCCGACGGCAGCGGAGAGCGGCGGUGAGCGUACGCCGUUUCCACCGUCGCCAUUGUUCUGCCCCAGCCCGGACGUGAACACCAAAGCUGAAAACUUCAUCUCAAAGUUCAGAGCUGGGCUGAAGCUGGAGAAGAUGAACUCCAUGAAAAAACAAGGUUUGGGCUUGUCCAAUCUAGGCCCAUCUUCAGAACUUAGUUAA